UGCAGGUUUAAAACGACAGGAAGCGGUCACAGAUAACAGACUUUGAACUACCUCAGCUACAGCCAAGCAAAGAAGCUAACUACCCUACUUGCUUUUAAAAGCACACGUUACGUUUUAAACCGGUUGAGGAACUUUACGACGCUCCCUAAUCACCAUUUCCAACACAACCUUUGCCCUUCGUCGCGUAGCUCGCUGCAGUUUUGUAGCAUGCAGUGGGUAAUAACAGGAGGACUGUGCACACUACGACAGAGCCUCAUAAUCAGAGACGUGCUAACACAUUUGCCAAAGUUGGUGACUCGUCGGAACAUGUCGUCUCAAGCGAAACGGCCGGUUUCCUUACUGGGAACUAUGGCGUUCGGUGGCCGAGUUGACGCCGAGCAGAGCCUGGAGAUGGUGCAAGCUUUCCUGAGCAGGGGACACAAGCAGCUGGACACAGCCUUCAUGUACGUGGAUGGGAAGUCAGAGACUGUCAUAGCGGGCAUGAAUCUCCCCAAAACAGUAAGCAUUGCUACCAAGGCCAACCCCUGGGAUGGGAAGACGCUGAAGCCAGAGAGUGUGCGCUCCCAGCUGGAAACCUCCCUUCAGAGGCUGCAGACCGAUUCUGUGGACCUUUUCUACCUCCAUGCCCCUGACCACCAAAACCCCAUCCAGGAUACCCUUAGGGCCUGCAAUGAACUCCACAAAGAGGGAAAAUUCAAGGAGUUUGGCCUGUCAAACUAUGCAUCAUGGGAAGUGGCUGAAAUUGCCACCAUCUGCAGACACAACAACUGGAUCGCUCCCACUGUUUAUCAGGGGAUGUACAAUGCCACUACAAGACAGGUUGAGACAGAGUUGCUGCCAUGUUUGAGAUACUACGGAAUGAGAUUCUACGCAUACAAUCCUCUAGCAGGUGGUCUUCUGACAGGGAAGUAUCAUUAUCAAGACAAAGAUGGUUCCCAGCCUGCUGGUCGGUUCUUUGGUAACAGCUGGGCCGCAGCAUAUCGGGACAGAUACUGGAAGGAAAGUCAUUUCCAGGCCAUAGAGGUGGUUCUAAAGGCCUUGGAGACGGUGUACGGCUCAGAAAAACCCACCCUGACUUCUGCUGCUAUGCGCUGGAUGUACCACCACUCCCAACUUAAGGGCGAUCUUGGAGAUGGAGUUAUCAUUGGCAUGUCCAGCAUGGAUCAACUUCAGCAGAACUUGGCUGCUUCAGAGGAGGGUCCUCUGGAUGAGCGAGUGGUUGCUGCCUUCAAUGAAGCCUGGAAUCUCGUAGCCCACGAGUGUCCAAACUACUUCAGAUGAGGACCCUCUUUUUUAUUGUAGA